AUAAUGAUACGAAAAACAGGAAACUAGUGUGUAUAUAUAUAAUAGAAAAAUACAUACAUAUUGUUUAUUAAAAUAAAGCGUUUGAGGGUAACAUCUGGUUGAGAGGACUAUUGGUUCGUUAACGCAGGCGAUCAAUACUUGCGAUCCACACACAAGAUGCGUCAUGGCUCAUAUAUGCGGACGGAACGGUUUGGUAGCAGACGAUAAUAUUGUAUUUGGCGGGCCAGAGAAAAGCUUAUAUUUUGACACAUUAGCAAGAUGAUAUGAGAGAGACCGUCGAGGAACAAUGCAGGGAUGGCUGUCGUGUCACUUCUCAACCAGGCUCCGUACAGACGAACGUACAGCAGUCGCGACAGGCUCAACGUCGAGUCAGACGGCAACGAUAUCUGGGCCUACCAGAGCGGCGGAAGUAGCAACAACAACCGAAGUUCCGAGUACAAGUUGCGUCCGGAACUGAACUGCGGCAAGGACCUGCCUCCGAACCACCGCUGCCACUUGACGACCUGUGACAGAAUCACCAUCAACGUCAGUGGCCAGUACUACGAGACGUGGAGGGUCAUUCUGGAAAAACAUCCCGGAACUUUACUGGGUGAUCCGCACAAGAGACAGCAGUUUUACGACAAGAGGAAGAAUGAGUAUUUCUUUGACAGACACAGGCCCACGUUUGAGGCCAUCUUCAAUUACUAUCAAUACGGCGGCGGGGUUCGACGACCCGAACCCGUGCCGGACGAUAUAUUUCUGGACGAGCUUGAGUUCUUCGACAUCGAGCCUCACAUCAUAGAGCAAUACCGCAAGGAGGAGGGCUACGUGGCCGACAAGGUGAUGCUGCCGCACCGGGGCUGGAGACGCAAGGUGUGGAUGGUGAUGGAGUACCCGGAGACGUCGUGUCUGGCCUACGUCGUAGCGAUAUUCUCUGUGAUCGUCACUCUGUUGUCCAUCGUCCUGUUUUGUGUGGAGACGUUCCCCGAGUUUCUGCACAGCCACUGCACCCCGGACAAGCUGCCCAACUUCAGCGACCCGUUCUUCCUCAUCGAGAGUUCGUGCACCGCCUGGUUCACCAUCGAGGUUCUCAUUCGGGUGGUCGUGUGCCCCAACAAGCCGGCGUUCUUCAAGGACUUCAAGAACCUGGUCGACCUGACGGCGGUGAUCCCCUAUUACGUGACUCUCAUCAACGUCCUCUCCAGCAUGAACUGUGAGAGCGCCAAGUCCAGUGCGUCCUUGGCCUUCCUGAGAGUGAUCCGUCUCGUGCGGAUAUUCAAGCUGACGAAACACUCGGCGGGUCUGCAGGUGCUUGUGCUCACCUUCAAGGCCAGUCUGCAGGGACUGCUGCUCUUCCUGGUGGCCAUCAUCGUCUGCAUCCUCCUCUUCUCUAGUGCAAUUUACUAUGCAGAGCUCGGAAGACCCGAUUCGCAAAUAACGAGCAUUCCGGACGGGUUUUGGUGGGCAAUCAUUACCAUGACUACGGUAGGGUACGGAGACAAGGUCCCCAUGGGCCCGUGGGGUAGGUUUAUCGGGUGUAUCUGUGCAAUAUCUGGAGUCCUUACUUUGUCCAUUCCAGUCCCCAUCAUCACGGAGAAUUUUAAUAAAUUUUAUGCACAUAAAACUGGACGCGGCAAAAUGUGACCAGAUUUCUCUGGAGUGUUCUAUUUCUUAUCACGACCAAAGGAGAUUCUUACUCACUUUAUAUUACAUAUCUUACACCAUUUUAUCUCCAUUGAAUUUUAGAAGUGGUUACACUGUGUGCUUGUUUACACAACUCUUUUUCUUAUCCAUGUUGUUUUAACCUUUUAUUACAAAAUUUUUCUUUAGACUUCUGUUCAUUCUCAGUUUUCUAAAUAAUAAUAAUAACUGCUAUGGUCUAUGAAUAGUUCUAAAGUGAAAGUUCCAAAGAUACAAAUGGCACAUUUCGGGCGGCAACGAAGCCUAUUUGAUUAUUUGUUUUACAUCUGGUCAAUUUACCGUUAGAUAUAGUGAAACAUGUAUUGGUGUUUCUCUGGUGUUCUAGGAUUUCUUGGAAAAUACGUUUUUACAUUUAAAGGAUUGCUACUUCAUUCUGUACGUUGUUAAAUCUCUUAUUUUGUUUCCCGAACAGCGAAUCGUGUACAUGUGAUCGUGUUCGAGUUGGAUUAUUUGUUAAACUCGUGUAACCGGAGGAUCGUAUCUUUUACCCGGUCUUCAGGGACUUUCGUGUCCAUUACUUGGUAUGCCGCGUUCUGCUGGGCGUGCAUUGUUCCAUUGUGAUAGUAUGGAUUUAUUGUCUUUCCAGACUCGCAGGUUGGUUCACCAUUUAUACUGGAGGUAUCAUUCAAUUGAAUAAUGUCACUUUUCAGUGUGUCUUACAGUUUUAUUGUCUAUGCAAAAUACAUUAUUCAGGUGAAA